AUGACUUGUUGAAAUUUGAAACCUAACGAGUUACGAUAGUGUUGUCUUAGCUAUGAUUACGUAACGUUAAAGAAUUUUUUAAGGUUUGUCGAUCUUGUCGAUGCCAAUAUUCAGCUAUGUUCAGAGUAUACUUGUUGCAUGCGGCGGGAUUGGUGAGCGACGGUUGGUUGAGGAGAGAAGAAAGGGGAUAGACGAGAAUAACGAAGGAUUCUUCUUACGUUAACGUGGGACUUCGCGAGCUUUCCGCAAGCUAGUGAGCGCGUUUCGAUCAAUUAACAUAUGCUACUUCCUAGCGGGAAUUUUGUUUCACUGAUCGAAUAAAGGAUAUACGACAUGUCACAUCAUUUUGUCACAGUUUGUGUAGUUUGUGUUUUAUGUGCUGCACAUACUCCAUGUUCAGCUCAUACUGAAUUCUCAACCUCAGGACAAGCAACUCAUAAUUCUGUUAAUUCUGAAAAAUCAUUACGACCUAAUGAACAAUUACAACCAUCUUGGUCAUUAAUGAAGUUCAAAGAAAUACAGCAAAAGGAUGCGAGAAAAUUAAGUUUAAAUAAUUUAGAUGGUUAUAAUAAUGGUGCUGUUAAAUUUUAUAAUGUAUUAGAUAAAAAUAUCAGAAACAAAACUACUUUAUUGAUGUCAGUUGCCACAAAUGAAGUCCAUACUAAAAAGAAACAUCUAGAAAAUGUAGAAAUUAACAUUCAAAAUAACCACAUACCAAUAAUGAAACAAGAUUCUAAAAAUUUGAAGGAUAUAGAAAUAUCAGAAAGAUUAGGCCAAUUUGAAAUUACACAAAAUAGUAAAUUGAAUAUAAUACAAUUUGACAAAAAUCAAAGUCCUUUUAAUAAAAUCAGGACAAAAAGAAAUGAUGUAGAUGUUUUAGAUGAAAAAUAUUUCAUGAAGAAAAUUUUUGAAACUUAUGGAGAUGGUACAAGUAUAACAAUGGAAGGUUUCGAAAAGUUAUUAAAAAAAUUAGGAUUAUUGAGAUUAUUAACUGAUAUAUCAAGAUUAGAAAAUCAUAAUAUUGUUGCUAGUCACAAUGAAAAUCCACUGGACAAGUCAAAGAAUUUGCAAAAUAAUGGUUUACCAGAAUACGAAAAUGGAAUUAAAAAAGAACGAUGCUUAAGUAGUAAAGAAUUAUUAAGUACUGUUGCAAGAGAUAUGCCAUACAAUUUGAGUACUAAUAAUAAUUCAACAUUACCAAGUUGGCUUUUUGAACGUGUAUGUCCAGCUCUUAUUUAUCAGUUAGCUGGUGAAUCAAGCUCAGAGAGAAAUGGCUGUAUUCGUGUACCAGACAAUUAUAGGCUAACAACAAUUAAUAAAUAUCUUGGAGAAGAUAUGACUCGUAAUAUGGUUCAAGUGUGGGCCUACUCAACAAUCAGUAUUCUAAUAAUCAGUCUUUGUGGUUUACUUGGUGUUGCUGUUAUACCUUUCAUGGGUAAAAUUUAUUAUCAUCAAUUAUUACAAUUUUUAGUUGCUCUUGCUGUAGGAACAUUAUGUGGUGAUGCUCUUAUACAUCUUUUACCACAUGCAAUGAUGUCGCAUCAUAGUCAUGAAUAUAUUCAUAAUGAUCAUGAGUUAGAUUUUAAAGAGCAACAUAAUAUGAAUAUGUGGAAAGGAUUAGUUGCAAUGAUGGGACUUGCAUUAUUUUUUUUUACCGAGAAAGCUUUAACAAUGUUAGCAGAAUGGAGAAAACUUCGACAACGCCGUAAUAAACUUCCACCACGUGUUCGAGUAAUGAGAGAAACUGAUGGACCAAAUAGUAAUGUUGUUGGAGAGAAACUUUGCAAACAUAAAUAUUCAUCAUAUCCAUAUUGUUAUGGUGAAAUUAGCACAGAUGUUCAAGAUAAUCAUCAUAAUCGUCAACAUAAUAAUCAUGAAAGACCUCCUGUGAUAGAAGAAGAAAAACCAUUAACAUCAAAUUGUAAUUCAGUUUCAAAAAUUAUGACGAAUGAUAUAGAAAAGAAACCAAGCAAAGAUUGGAGGCUAGACGAUUCAAUAGUAAAUACUAAGAAAAAUACAGAUGGAGCAGAUAUACCAUUAAAUGAAUCAGAAAGUUAUACUGUUAUUAUACGUGAACACGAAACGAAACAUCAUGGUCAUACCCAUUCACAUGGUCAUGUUCAUUCUGCACCUGAAUCUAUGUCGAGUGUUGCUUGGAUGGUAGUAAUGGGUGAUGGUUUGCAUAAUUUUACUGAUGGUAUGGCUAUAGGUGCAGCUUUUUCAGCAAAUAUAGCGGGUGGUUUCUCCACAGCAAUAGCUGUAUUUUGUCACGAAUUACCUCAUGAAUUAGGAGAUUUUGCGGUUUUAUUAAAAGCCGGUAUGAGCGCUAAACAAGCUGUUUUCUAUAAUCUGUUAUCUUCUGUACUUUGUUUGUUUGGUAUGAUAUUUGGUGUAUUAUUAGGAAGUACUCCUUCUAUAAGUAAUUGGAUGUUUGCAGCUGCUGCGGGAAUGUUUAUAUAUAUAGCUUUAGUAGAUAUGAUUCCAGAAUUAUCUUCAAGUCACUCUGUAGAGCGUAGCUCUCAAUGGCAAUGUAUUUUACAAGCAUUAGGGCUAUCAUGUGGCCUUGGAAUAAUGUUAAUUAUAGCACUCUAUGAACAUGAUCUUAAAAAUAUAUUCAGUGAUUAAAUUUAUAAAGACUGACAA